UAUGAGAAGAGUUUAAUCAGCUGCCCCAAAUUUAGGUAAAAUAUAUAACUAGUCGAUCAGAAUUUUCAAUGGAGGAUAUGUUCAAAAUAGCUACAAAAUAAACAUCUGCUUUUGGAAUUGAAGGAUAUGAAGUUCCUAAAAAAUAUGCUGAUCCACUUAAGCAAAUGGAAGAGAGAAAGUUUUCUGCUUAAAAGAAAGGUAAAAAUUGCAAAUUCAUAUUUUAGGUCAAAAAAAUUUAGGAUAUGUAACAAGAAGAGGACAUUAUUUGGAAGAUUAAAAGAAGAUUUAUGAAAAAUUACCAGCUCCAAAUAAAUACGAUAUCGUUAAGCCUUGGGUGAUAGAGGCUUAAACAACUCGUUCAAGGUCAGCACCUCCAAAAAGGUAGUUUUAAUGGAGAAUUAUCUUAGAACAACAUUUAUUGAUUAAAUAUUUAAGGAAGCAAAAUUAAGAGGUGUUCCAGGUUCUGGAAAAUAUAACAUUGAAAAACCAUUGGAUGAAGUAUUGAAAUAAGUUGAAGAAUAAAAAAAGAAAAAAAUUGAGUAUUUUAUUUUAAUAAUUAUUAUUAGAGCAUCUGAAAGACCAACCUAUUUAAAUGAAAUAUAACACUUAGCAGUAAUCAAUCCAGGUCCUGGAAAUUAUAAUCCUAGAGUAAUAUCUUAUUUUAUUCAAGCCUAUAUCAAAAAAAUUGAAGAAAAAUGAAACUAAACCUUCUGAUUUUAUUACUAAACAUAAAGAUUAAGCAAAAAAAAGAGGAAAAUCAGCUUUACCUGAUGUAGGUUCUUAUAAUCCAGAACCCCUUUCAUUUACAACAUUUAAUAAAUUAUAAGUAAAUUCUAAAAAAAAGGAAAGAGUUGAUAAACAUGUAAUUUUUAUAAUUUUAUCUAGACUUUUGGAACUGAUACGAGAUUCAAAGAUCCAAAAAAGAGUAAAUCAAAAUAGGUUUUGUUACCUGGACCUGGUCAAUACCCUAUGAUUGUAUAAUGGUAAGGGAAAGAAUAAGACAAAUCUAAAGCAAAGAUAAAAAAUUACAUGUAAUCCACAACGAAGGGAAUACAACGAUCAAUAUAUUAUUGA